GCCGCGCCCCUGCGCAUAUGCCGCGCCCGGCCCCGUACGCGUACUGUUUGUUGAUAAAGUCAGUGGAGAACAGGCCAGUGUCAGACUCAGUCAGAGACUGUCGUCUUCCAUCUCUCAUUUAUCAAACUUUGUUGAAAGUUUUCGAUGAUAUUUGACUAAACAGAUGAAGGUGAAUGCACCGCACAUUGUAGCAUGCCUGUGAUUGAUUAUAGUCUGUAGCCCUGCCAUGGAUAGUGGAUCUCUCUUUUGGCUGUGCCUCAAGGAGGCUCAUUUGGGCCACUAUUCUUCAUCAUUUCAGGACAGGGGCAUUAGUGAUCUAGAGAGGUUGGCGACCCUGUCCAUGCAUGAGUACAAUAACUAUGGCGUAACUUCACCCCAGGACAAGAAAAAACUAUUUAGAUUAAUCCACACACUGCGCACCUUGGAUCUAAACAAGCUCUCUGAUCUAAAUGGAUCGGACCAACAAGUCAAGUCUAUUGAAAGCAACACACCCAACAUCAUGCCCAAUAAAGAUAAAAAUAGUCACCAUGGGAGUAGAAAAGGAGCCAGGAAAUACCAUGAUAACACGACUCAUGAGUCUGGCAGGUAUACUGAAACGGUGCAAUCAGACAGGAAGCAGAAUGAAAAUGAGCACCAUAUACCAAGACUGGGUGAUACACCAAAGAACAGUGUAUUGAAUAGAACUUUUGAUAAAGAUGAUGGAUCCGAUAUAGAUAGAAGUCAUGAUUCUCCCACAACAGAAAAUGUAAACAAAGACCCUAGCAAGAAUUAUGAUAAUGGAGUUGAUGACAGCCAAGUCUUGAUCUUGGAGCAGAGCAGUGCUGGGUAUAACUAUGGGGUACCUUCACUCACACCUACCAACCAAUCUAGACAGACUUCAGGGAUGAAGCCAGCACAUACUUCCACCCCUCAUUCGAGAAAUGGUGUUAUGGUAGAUGAGAAGAUAAGGGUUUGUGUGCGGAAAAGACCAAUGAACCAGAAGGAGAGAAGGGCAGGAGAGGGAGAUGCUGUUGCGAUAGAAGGCACCAACACAGCACUGGUGAAAGAGAGGAAGCUGACUCUGGAUCUAACCAAGGUUGUUCAAAUGCAUAAGUAUAUCUUUGAUGAAGUUUUUCAUGAAAAAUGCAGCAAUGAAGAAGUCUAUGAGAGGACAGCUAUGCCACUAAUACAGAAGAUAUUCAAAGGAGGCAAGGCCACUUGCUUUGCCUAUGGGCAGACUGGAGCUGGAAAAACUCAUACAUUACUUGGAGGUCAAGGGGGAAAGGUGAAAGGUCUCUAUUUACUUGCCGCUGAAGACAUCUUCACUAUCAUCAUGUCGUCUCCGGAUGGUCAUGGUGUCUCUGUGUACGUGAGCUACUUUGAGAUCUACUGUGGUCAGCUUUGUGAUCUACUCAACAAUAGAGAGAGAUUACAUGCAAGAGAGAAUGCUCAUCAUAAAGUAUGUAUCUCAGGCUUGAAUGAAAUCAGAGUUAAUGGACCUCAAGCUCUCAUGCAGGUUGUUGAGGCUGGUAAUAGCUAUCGAAUGGUUGGAGUAUCAGGUGUCAAUGCCGAAUCAUCAAGAUCACAUGCUAUACUACAGAUACAAUUAAAAGAUAAGGCUGGCAACAACAUUGGAAAGUUAUCAUUCAUUGAUCUAGCAGGUAGUGAGAGAGCAUGUGAUGCCAAUGAUACUGAUAAAACUAAUAGACAAGAAGGAGCUGAAAUCAACACUAGUCUACUUGCACUCAAGGAGUGUAUACGCGCCCUUGACCAGGAGAAACGCCAUACCCCAUUCCGACAGAGCAAACUGACCCAGGUCCUAAGAGAUUCCUUCCUAGGACAGUCUCGGACCUGCAUGAUUGCAUGUGUGGCACCUAAUACCAGUGCAGUAGACCACACCCUAAAUACACUCAGAUAUGCAGAUAGAGUGAAAGAGCUGAGACAAGGAGGGCUAGGAAACAGUCCUGCUCCUGAUUCUUCAAUUACCAUAGCAACCAAACAUCCUCCGACACCAUCCAACUUUAGUCCUGGUAGUACAUCUACUCCCCAAAAGUUCAAGAAAUCUAAGCAAGAUAGCUCUUCCUCUACUCUUAAAGGUGAUUUGAGCCACAGGAGGGCCAGUGCAGUCUCUCCCACCAAGAAAACCGGUAAGAGCAGAAUGGAACCAAGGCGAAAGAGUGCACCCGAUACCUCUCCAACCAAGACUCCAACAGGUGGUGAAUCCAGUAACAAGUUUGCUGUGGGGAAGAAAUCUACAUCACAUCAGAAUCUUCAGAAAGUAACAAAUAAGCAGGGUAAAACUGAGAAGAGGAACAAAGGUGAGUUGUCGAUGUUGAAGCAUGAGCAGGUUUCCAAGGCCGCUGGGAACAAGUCUGUAGAGCAGACUAGGGUGAUUCAGUCCGGGAUAAAGAUGAGAGAGAACAGAACCUUGGAGGAGAGGAGGAUGAGAGCCAUUGCAAACAGGAGCAGGUUUGAAGAUAUGAAUCUCUCUCUUGGCAAUGAGACACCUUCCAAGAGAACCCCAGAGGUCAAGGCAAGAAUGAAAAAAGCAUUCCUGAACAGCAGUCUCCCUAUCUGGGAUUUAAACCAGCAGGAUAUAGGGACACCUUCGCCUUCUUUGCCAACUCCUCCUCCACCUCAGAAGCUUGAAUUUGAGAAUCCAAGGUAUAUUGAGAGUCCCUCCAGAGAGCGACAAAAGACUGAUGAUCAAAGGACAUGGGCCCAGAAAGUGGCUGAUGAGGGCAAGGUUAAUAUCCCGUACCGAUUUGAUGUACCCAAUCCUAGGUAUAGUUGGCAACAAGAGAAUCUUGAGGACAUCGAGAGUGGGUACCUGCCUGAUAUGGAUACAGAGAUUGAAACACCUAGGAGUGAUCCUACAGAUCAAAUUAAUGAUGAUAUUGCAAGAGUUGGCCAAGAGCACGAAAGUAAGUCUGGCAAGAAGUCUUCUGAUGAUGGAGAUGUAUUCAAAAGCCAUAAUGAAAUGCAUUUAGAUGAAGUUCAAGAAGUCAGGGUAAGUUCAGGGGUAACCCACUCCAAGGAGAUUGAUUGGAGGUCCAGUACAUCAAGCUCUGAAUCUCGACCAUUGAGUAGAUCCAGUGAUACUGGUGAACUUCUCGCGGAGAUAGAGAGAUCGCUCCAAAGGUCGCCUGUACCUGUCACACCCAGACCAGGGUCAGAGCCAUGGAUGAGGGUCAUAUUAGAAGACAAGUUCCAUGAAAAUAUCUCUCCAGCUGAUUCACCUAGGGGACAAGCAAAAGAAAAGUCUUCUGUUGGUGCUAAGAAACAACUUUUUGGUGCUGAAAAACAGUUCGAUACUGAAAAGGAUUUGCUCAUGGAUAGGAUUGGAAACCUAGAGGAGUCCAGGGGAGAAUCACCAAUGAAAAGGAAGAUGAAGCAAACAUUGGGUAUGAGGAAUAACAGUGAUGAUACUGGCACCAGGAUAGGUACUAGCUUAAAGGAAAGUCCCGAUAAUCAGAGAUCUUCUCAUGUACUUAGGGAAAAAUUGCACCAUUCCGGACUCUCUCAGAGACAGCUUCUUGGAGAUGCUGGAUCUCCUCAAGUGGCAAAGGAGACAUUUUCUGAGAAUUUACAGAUGCACAACAGAAGCAAGGGUGACGGGAAAGAUGACAGAGUGCAAUCUUUACAAACUGGAUAUCCACAGGCAGACAGGUCCACUAAUGGUUUUAGACCAAUUGUCAAAAAGGGUAAGGGGACAUCUUCUCAGGAGGUGUUCUAUUCUGCACAAAGUCACCUUCCAGUUUCUCCAUAUGGUUCCCAGAGUACAAACUAUGUAACCCCAAAAGAGAGCAGUCUGGAACAGCAACGAAUAGCAGUGUCCUCAACCCCGAAGGCAUUCAGGCAUGAAUCCUUGGGAAUGGACGUGUCUCUCUCACACUUAUCAUUAUCAACCAUUCAAUCACCUGCCAAGGGGUCUCAGAAUCCAAACUCUGAGACGAAAAACCAGUCUUUCGUAUCAGCUCGUGGAGUGGUCACUGGACAAGAAAACCAAAGGGAUGAAUGUGAGGAGACGACACUCCCAAUCUCGCCUCGUGUGACCUUGACCAAGUCCAAGAGUGAGGGUAGUCUGAUGAGGACAUCGGGGAUUGGCCAAAGCUUCAAUGAUGAACCAGUUGGCACCAGCCCUACACUUCAACCUCCUCAGAGACCAGUAUACCAGAGGCAAAACUCGGCAGCAGAAAGAGCAAGUCAUUCUUCAUUUGCACAUCCUAACAAUCAAAGCAGCACAAGGGAGUUGUUGCUGGCAGCACAUGCAGAUCAGCUUGAGGAAACUCUAAGAUUAUGUGAGACAGGCUGGAGUCUCAUUGCACAGCUUAGAAGUAACCAAAUGGAUGUACCAACCUACAUGUCCCAGGCUGAAGAUUUACUAGACAGCCAUGUAUGGUGCCUCGAUACAUUCAGAGAUCAGCUGAAUUCAUUCACAAGGUGCUCUUCACCAAACCCAAAUCGGUCAAGGAAUCACUCAAGCUUUGAUGGAAAUACAUAGUAGAAUCUGAAUUCCGAACACAUUCAGAGACCAACUGAAUUCAUUCAGGUGCUCUUCACCAAAUCCAAAUAGGUCAAGAAAUUAUUCAAAUCUUUUAAUAAAAAUGCAGUAAAUUGAUUUAGGAAUCUGAUUGUAGUCAGGGUUCAGCUUAAUUUAUUCUCAAAGUGCUCUUAACCACACAGAAAUUGAUCAGGGAAUUGUAAACUAUAUGAAAAAUGCAAAAGAAACAGCUGAUUCUGUUCAGAAUAGUUUCUGAGAUAAUAAUAAUUGGCAUUUAUAUAGCGCUUCACAAUUAUUAUUACCUGGUCAUUGGAUUCAUAGCAUUUCAUGCAGCCUGUUAGUCGCACACUUGCUAAACCAACCACAAUGACGGUUGUUUCCUACCGGUACCCAAUUAGCACUUGGGUGAGAGUGGCAGAGUGUAGAUUGAUGCCUUGCCAAAUGACGCUAGGCCACGGUGGGAUUUGUACACACAACCCUCUGAUUACAGGCGAGAGUCAGAACCGCUACACCACGGCUAAAGACCUGCUUUAGAGUAAGCCAUCAGUGGAAUAUAUUUAUUUAUUGGGGACCUUGUAACAUGUUACCCAUUAACCAAUGAACAUGGAUUUAUUAAUUUCGCUAUGUCAGGCAAUCUCUCAUGGUGUCUGGAAUACCCUUGAUUUUGGAAAUUAUGCGUACAAUUUAGAUGGGAACUUGAGGUUUUAAGUGGCAUUAUUAUCAAUGUGAAUGCUUCAUUCUUAUGUAAUAUACAGUGGAAACUCAGUAAAAUAAUCAAUAUUACCCUGAAAAAGCUGAAACUUGUAUAAUACAUGUAGCAGAUUAGUAGCUGGGACAAGAAAUAUAGCCUUUUAUAUCAACAUCCUUUUAUCAGGCUUUUUAUGCUGAGAUUCCACUGUAUUUUAGUUGAAUAAUAUGAUGUUUAUUUUUCACAUUAUAUAACACAUUGUGAUUUUGUGAUUCCAUAUAUUCAAAGAUAUGUGUAACUUGCAAGUAGGGUGAAAGUGUGAAAAAACCCUGGAAAAUUUAGACUUGACAUUUCCCAUACUUGCAGCUUGUCUUAUUAAUUAAAAUUUACUAGUUAUUUAGUACUUUUCAUUUCAGCAAUGUGAUAUUUCUCUCCUUUGGUGUCAUAAGCAGUAUUUUUUCUCAGUCUUUCUCCGUCAUUAACACACAAAGAAAUACAAGUGAAGAUGAAUGUUGUAAAUAAUUCUUAUGUAUUUAAAUAAUUGCACUGUUUGUACAUUUUUGAAAUAUGAUAAUUUUCUUAACAUAACAUGCAUGUGCUACAUUCAUCAUUAUCAAAUACAUGUAGUUAGUUCUUUGAUACACAAUAUAAUGGCUGAUCCUUUUAAUGGAAUUAUGUGCAAUGAAAUGGAAGAACUUCAUUUAGGUACAUAUAUACAGAGUUGACAGAUUAUAAAAACUUACUAAUUUUAUUUUUCAACAAAACUUGUUAUAACUAAUCCGUGCAUCUGCAACAGUUUGUUUCAUCAUAUAUGCACCAACAAUUUCCAUUAUCAUGAGAAGCUUGCUGGGUCAACAACCUUUUCCGAAGAUAUACAAAAUAGCAUGGGCUAUGAGUUAGAAUUGAAAAAAAAAAGAAACAAUGAAUCCCAAGCAAAAGGGAAGAAUAAGGAUUACUCAGUAAAAAUGUAGUGUUUAAAUGGGGUUUGUUACCACUUUAAAGAAAAACAUUCUGAUUAAUGAAGGGCACUGUUGUUGAACAAUCUCCCAUAAUCAAUGCUUUUGAGUGGUGUCACAAUAAGGGAACAUUUUGCAAGCAUGUAUUAUGUAAUGCGCAAACUGGGACAUGUCACUGAAACGACAAGUCUCAAGAACCUCAAAAGAUUUUGGGGAAAUCACUUCCUCCUGUUUUUAUAACUAGAUAUAAUUGCAUCUUUCACACAGGAAUUCGACAAGCAUCUUAUUGCUUAUCCUCGCAUUCAUCAGCAAAAAAAAUGGGGAAUGCAUGAACAGUCAUUGUGAAAGACGAUAAGCAGUUCCAACCGUUCCCAUUGUUUUAUCUACAUGUAUAAUGAAUAUGAGCAUUAGUGAUGAUUAGAUGUUAGUGGGAUCCUGCAUGAAAGAUGCUUUACUGACUUUGAGUGGUGGCUUGUAGUACAUAGAGCAGAGUGAAGUUAUAACUGAUUAUUUCAUUCAUUAAUGCUGCAAUUUUCAUUGAAUAAAAAUCAUUUCUGAAACUAAUUUAUGUCGCUUUAUCUACUUAGUUUGCUAUCAACACAAAGCCCCCAUUGUAACUUGGUGGCCGAGGUGAUUUUCAAAUUUAUUAAAUUGAAAAUUCCUUCAUAAAUGAUGAAAAGCUGCUAAAUUCCUUUUUUGAUGUUGAAUUCAGGUCAUAAUGUGCUUUCACUUAUCACCACUGCCUACACCAUUUUUAUCAUGACUGUGGUCUUUCUUUAUACCUCAUUUAAAAUGCUUGUAUUAUACUUUGUAUAACUUUUAACAAAAUAAUAGUGUAAAAUGUUUGAAAAGUCCUCCAUUAAUGUGUAAAGGAGAAGUGUAUUUUACAUGUAUUUGAAUAUGAACAGCUUCAAAACCUGCUUUCCAGAUGUGAUGUACUUAAGAAGACAUAAGAUGACAUUAGAUUUGUAUUGAAGUCAAUUAGAAGUUAGUACAUGCAUUCUUAACCCAGGAAUUGAUUAUGAAAAGCACUUGUUAGUUCACCCAUCACCUACAUGAAUUUGAUCUUAACAUGGUGGUCUGAAUUGAAAAACUUACAUUCAUAAGGAUUUUUCCUGCUAUAUAAAUUUAGUAUUAUUUAUUAUUAAUAAUCCGUUUAAUAUUGAUCCAUUAUGUAGUUCCUGCUUGAGUUACAUGUAGGUCAAAUGCCUGAUAAAAAAAAAAUGCUCCAUUUUGAAAGCCCAAUAUGUAAACUUCUAGUCUACAUGAAGUUUGAGCUUUUAGACACCCUAGCCCGUAUUCUGAACUCGGGUUUAAAUGAAAACCUGGUUUAAAGUUGUGGUUUAACUAUGGAGAGCCAAUUGGAGCACAAAUCCCUAACAGUACACAUUCAAUAUAUUAACUCACAUGACACCCAAAUUGUUCAUAAUUGUCUGGGAAUGAUAACUGAAGUAUUUUUCUUCAUUAUGAAAGCAAAAGUUAAGAAAUAUACAGAAUUUUUAAACUUUUGGCUCCCCAUAAUUUUAGCACAGAGUAAGACAGUGGUCUAAGUUAAACCUGACUUCAGAAUAUGGGCCCCUAUCAUCAAGUAUAGUGUUGAAAUGAACUUGUUGUAAACGAUGAGUACCAGUGCUUUCCUUUUAUCAAAUGGGGAAGAAAAUAUUUUCCAACCAAUACUUCCAUGUUACAGGCUUGCAAUACCAAGUUGAUCUAGAUUCUAUAACCAACCUUGUUAAUAUGUAUAGUUUCCUAGUAUAAUCCAUUAUAAUGCCAUUUCAAUAUCUGACCAAAAUUUGUGAGUGCUUGCCAUAUUGUAUGUGUUAUUGAUUUCUACGCUGUAUACAUUAUGUUCUUGCCAUUUGUUAAUAUGUACACUAUAUGUUUUAGUGUGUUAAGAGUAGUUGUGAAAGUGAAAUAUUUUUAUGCAGCUUUUUUACCCCAGUGCAAAUAUUUUGUUGAUUAAUAUAGUUGGGACUCAAAAUUCUGAAAGUUUAUAUUACUUAGAGAAACACACAUUAACAUGCAGCCACUUUCAACUUGUAAUAUAUGUCAGCAGAAUCAUCAAAAUUAAAGUUUAAAUAUGAUUUAAUACAUGUAUAAUUGAGAGAGAAAUCCAUUCCACCACUAAGAUAAUAUUGAUAAUUUUGAUAACAAAAUCUAUAAAAAGGGAAGAAAAUAUAAAUACAUAUGUCCAUGAUCAUGCACCUUUGUGAAUUGUGACUUAACGCUCAAUGAUUUUCAAAUAAAAUAAAUAUAUGUACAUGACCAAAUAUUUUCAUUGUAAAAUAAGAUAAUGGAUUUAAGUAAUCAGAAAAUUCAAAAUGAAAAGCAUGAAUUUAUUUCAUUUAUUUCAGAUUUCCUUGAAUAAUUCACGAAUAUGAAUUCCAUCAAUGAUCAACCCAUGUACUCAUAUUGACAACAGUGUACUAAGUAAAACUGUUGUUAGAAUUAGUGGUAAAACUAUGGAUAGUCAAAUAUGUCACAUUAGCCAACAGUUAAACUGUAAUGUGGAAGUACUAUGGUUUUCUUGACUAUGAAAAAAUAAGGCCCAGGUCAUGUAAACAUCAUUGGGAAAUAAAAGAAUGAGGACAUCCAACCAUCCACUUUCCAUAGUUGGAAUUACAGAUUAAACUUGCACUGUUGUGAAUACAGGUCAAUGACCACAAGAGUUUAAAAUUCAUUUAUUAAUCCUUGGGAAAUUAACAGAAUUCAUCAGAUAUACCAGGUUAGAAUAGCCCACUAAUUGUCAGUUUUGAUAUUUAUGGUGAUACAUUGGUGUAAUAUGAUAUACUUCCCAUUGACUACCACUUGUGAUGUGUUUGACUAAUGAAUAAAAGUGUGUGAUGUUUCAAAAUGUA